CGAAAAUCAAUUUUAUUGUUUUUUAAACAAAGUUUUAAAAAAAUAAAGCAAAUAAAUAAGGGAUCAAUAAUAACUAAACGUGUUUUUUUAAUUAAACAAAAAAAGAAAGCUAAAUUAAAUUUUAUUCGUGCAAUUAUAGUGAUCCAAGUAUAAUUGAUAAUAAAAAUGCCGCCGUUAGCGCGUGCAGAGUUUGAAAUUGAUAGUGCAAAUUAUCGUAGCAGUGAUAAUGAUACACAUUUACGAAUAUCGCGAGAUGGUGGAUUUUUUGUGUCUUACGUAAAAGCAUGCCUUUUUGCAAUUAUAAUUAUUGCAUGUUUAAUGGCUGUUGGAUUGUUAACAUACUACUUAUCACCUGGUUAUAGAUUUUUAAGUAGAACUGAAGCAGCAAUUGAAGAAGACGUAGAUUUAGCCAUAUUAGAUUUGGAUUCACAUCAUUCAUCACAAAAUGAAAAAUUAUACAGAUUAUCAAAUAAAAUAAUUCCACAACAUUAUCGAUUAAAAUUUCAUCCGAUUUUUGAUGAAGAUCCAGAUAAUAAAUUUACAUUUACCGGUGAUGUAAAAAUUACAAUUUUAGUAAACGAUUCCAACAUCAAUACUAUUGAGUUUCAUUCACAAGGUUUAGAUAUCAAACAGGACGGUGUUAAAGUUGCUAUGCUUAUACGACAAUCAGCACCAUUAACGCCCAUUUCACAAAUAAAAGCUGAAAAUAAUACUACCAAUGAAACUGAUUUUAUAUUUGAGAAUACUCGCAUUGGGAAUGAUACUAAAACAGAAAACAAUGAAAUUGCAACAGAAACAAUAACACCAGAAAAUGAUUCAAUAGUUGAAAAUAAUUCGUCAAGACAAGUGACAAAUGAGAACAAAGAAUUUGAUUUAAUAUUUGCUUCGUCGACAAAUAUUAAAAUUGUAAAACAAGAAUAUCAAAAUGAAUCUCAAAAAUAUAUUCUACAUUUGGAAACUGCGUUAAAAAAAGGCCGAAAUUAUACAAUUUUUAUACCUUUCAGUGGAGAGUUUGGUGAAACAUUAGAAGGUUUUUAUCGUGUUACAUUACAAGAUGAAGAGGGGAACACAAAAUAUUAUGCAGUUACUCAAUUCGAACCAACAUUUGCUCGUACUGCAUUUCCAUGUUUUGAUGAGCCAAAAUUUAAGAGUACAUUUGAUAUAAGUAUUGGUCGACGUGAAGAUAUGGUAUCAUUAUCAAAUACUGAUAAGAAAGCACAGGAACCAAUGACUGAUAAACCAACAUACAUUUGGGAUCAUUAUGAAACAACUCCGGUAAUGUCUACAUAUUUAGUGGCAUUUGCUGUUGGAGACUUUUUAAGUCACAAUUUCACAUCAAAAUCAAAACAAGGUGUAAUAAUUACAGUAUCGGCCGAGCGAAGUAUUUUACCAAAAGAGAAAACAUUUAUAGAAUAUAUUGCGGCACCUAUUUUUGAUUAUUACAUGGAUUUAUUUCAAGCUGAUUAUCCAUUCAAGAAAUUGGAUAUCCUUAUGUGUUCAAUAGCUGGUGGAGGAAUGGAAAAUUGGGGUUUGAUAACAUUAAGCGAUGACUUCUUAGUUGUCAAUGAUAGUUCUACCAAUCAAAAAGUAUUGGAACCAAUAUUUACAGUGGUUUCACAUGAAAUUGUCCACCAAUGGAUUGGAAAUUUAGUUUCAAUAAAAUGGUGGGCUGAUGCUUGGCUAAAAGAAGGCUUAGCUUCAUACUUCGAAAUGUAUGCUAUGCAGGAACUAAAACCAGACUGGAAACCAUACGAUACGUUUUUGUUGACUAACGUGAAUUUUAUUCUCAGCGUCGAAAUGGUAAAAAGUAAAAAUCCAGUAAGCGUUGAAGUUUUAAGUCCAUUAGAAAUCACACAACGCUUUGAUGAUAUAAUUUAUCAAAAAGGUGCAUGUUUGUAUCGGAUGCUAAAUAACACAUUAACUGAACCAGUAUUUUUAAAUGGAAUUAGACAUUAUUUGAAAUCAAGGUCGUAUAAAACGGGCACAGAAAAUAAUUUAUGGGAAAGUUUAAAUAUUGCUGCAAAAGAUGCCAACAUAACUGUAUUUCAUGGUAUGGAUGUUCAAACAAUUAUGGAUGCAUGGAUUCAUAAACCAGGAAUACCAUUAGUAACAGUGGGUCGAAAUUAUUCUACAGGAAUUGCAACUGUGUCACAGCAAAGAUUUUUAUUAAACAAUGAAACCGAUGACACACUUUGGUACAUUCCACUUACAUACAUAACAGAUACACAAUCAUUUGAUAACCAAAAUCGUGAAUUACUGAGUAACAAAAAAUCCAUGCAAAUAUAUAAUGGCAAUUUUAAACGGGGAAAUAAUACUAAAUGGGUAUUAUUCAAUCCUUUAUUGUUAGGUUUAUAUCGUGUAAAUUACGAUUUGGAAAAUUGGAAUUUAUUAAAGAGAGCCAUUUUGAGUACACCAGAGCAAUUUCCCCCGCCUGUAAAAUAUCAACUAAUGGAUGAUUCAUUUAGUAUGGCGCAAGUAGGCUUGGUUGACUACACACUUGCAUUGAAUUUUUCCACGGCUAUGGUAAAGAAUGAAGAAGAGUAUUCACCAUGGCAUGUUUGGUAUGAAAAUAUUGAAUUUCUUGACAGAUUACUCUCUUAUAGGGUAACUUAUGGCUUAUUCCAGGAAUACAUUAUUUCAAUGGUGGGUCACAGGUAUUCAAAACCUAAAGAAAAUCCAACACCUGAGGAUGAACAUUUACAAGAUUUAUUUACCGAAUUAGCUUGCAAAUAUGAAUAUAAUCCUUGUAUUAACUGGGCCUUGCAAGAAUUUGAAAAAUUAAAAGGACUGCCAGCAAACUCCACAAAUCCAAUUGAUCCAAAUGUACGUGAAUAUGUUUAUUGUACAGCUAUUGCGCAAGGCGGAAAAUUUGAAUGGGAUUUAUUAUGGCAACGAUCACAUGUUGUUCGAAAUGAUCCACAUGAACAUAAUACGAUUUUAGUAAGCCUAACAUGUUCAACUUCAAAAUGGAUAUUGCGAAGGUAUCUUGCUUAUAUAUUUUUAGAAAAUCUUGUCACAUUGAGUUCCGUUUUAACAAUUGUGAAUAUGUAUCGAUCACGAGUUGCUAUCGAUGUAUUAUUUGAGUUUGUGGCAAGUAAUUUUGAAAAAGUUCUCGAAUUUGUAAAAGGAAAUUUAUUUUUUCUAAACAAUUUAUUAAAAGUUUUACUAUGGCAAUUAAGUACACGUGAUCAGCUGGAUCAACUCUUAGGUUUAUUUUAUAAUCACAAAAGUAUUUUACAUCCAUACGCAUUGACUGUGAAAGAGGCCAUUGAACGAACUAAAUAUUCAAUACAUUGGUCAGAAAAGUAUGCACCAGAAGUGGAACUCUGGUUACGAAAAUUUUCGAACAAAAAAUAUUAAUUAU